UUGAGUCUCUCUAAUUGGACCGAAAGUCUGCUGUGACAUUUAUUGUUGAAUGUUGAAUCUUGGCUACAGUGAACCCCAUCAUAAAUGCCAUUCUCUGCUAAUUAGCAUACAGUGCCGUGGACAGCAACCCCCUGUCUCUGUACGUCAUGCAUCCGUUCUGGAACACGAUAGUGAAGAUCUUCCCUACCUGGCUGGCCCCAAAUCUGAUAACGUUUUCUGGCUUCCUGCUGCUUGUCUUCAACUUCUUCCUCAUGGCAUACUUCGACCCUGACUUUUAUGCUUCUGCUCCUGAUCACCAGCACGUUCCAAGUGGAGUGUGGGUCAUUGUGGGUCUCCUCAACUUCAUUGCCUAUACGUUAGAUGGUGUCGAUGGGAAACAAGCUCGAAGGACCAACUCCAGCACACCACUGGGAGAGCUCUUUGAUCAUGGCCUGGACAGCUGGGCAUGCGUGUACUUUGUUGUGACAGUCUACUCCACCUUUGGACGGGGCUCCACGGGUGUCAGUGUCUUCGUUCUGUACCUCCUCUUAUGGGUGGUCUUGUUCUCAUUCAUCCUCUCCCACUGGGAGAAAUAUAACACAGGGAUUCUCUUCCUGCCUUGGGGAUAUGACAUCAGCCAGGUGACCAUUUCAAUUGUCUACAUUGUGACAGCCAUUGUGGGAGUUGAGGCCUGGUAUGCACCUUUCCUGUUUAAUUUCUUAUAUAGAGACCUAUUCACUGCAAUGAUUAUUGCUUGUGCGCUCACUGUGACACUGCCAAUGAGUCUGUAUAACUUCUACAAGGCCUAUAAAAAUAACACCUUGAAGCACCAUUCUGCGUAUGAAAUCACACUACCGCUGGUGUCCCCAGUGUUGCUUUUUGUGCUCUGCACUGCUUGGAUCUUCGUGUCACCGACAAACAUCCUGGAGAUCCAUCCCAGGCUCUUCUAUUUCAUGGUUGGAACAGCCUUUGCUAACAUUUCUUGCCAGCUGAUUGUCUGUCAGAUGAGCAGCACACGCUGCCAGCCUUUGAACUGGAUGCUGAUCCCCAUAGCAGUGGUGCUCGUUGUGGUGAUAUCUGGACUCGCACCACAUAGCGAAACACUUCUCCUGUACUUGUUAACUGCUCUCCUCACCCUGGCACACAUCCACUACGGAGUGAUAGUGGUGAGCCAGCUGAGCAGGCACUUCAAUAUACGGCCUUUCUCACUAAAGAAGCCCACAACAGAUUGACUAGGAGUGGAAGAAGAGAAAAUCAGCUUGCGGUCUGCAGAAGUACUGUAAAUAACUGCUGCAAAUACCUGUAAAUACUUCAACCAUCACCACAGAUCUAAACCUAUCCUCUGGACGGACAUCCAGGCAAAGUAUGCAUGGUUUCCAGUGCAGCCAGGGCAGGAUUGGUACGGGACAGCCCCCGCUGCUGUUUGAACACAAGCCUACGGUUAUUUGGUGAAACUGGACAAGGAGGGUAGCCUUUCAGGUCUCUAUUACUGUAUAUUAGACCAGCUGAAUGUUCCCAGUGAAACCUCAGAUGCCAGCUCUUGCUCAGAUAAAGCUGGUUGAGAACGCAGAUGACUUUACCUGAGCAAAGCGCCUCGACCUGUCGCCAAAAACAGCAUAGCAGCUGAUUUCUACAAGGUCAGGGGAACGUCCUGGUGGUAGAGGGAUUCCCCUCUGUCCCUAAUCCUGUUAGACAACCAUUGUCCUGAGCCAGUGCUUAAGGAACAGGUGGUUACAGUUCUCCCGUUCUGUCCUGCCUUCCUGCACUCGCCUCUUCAGGCAAAUACUUGCAACUUCUUAAGAAAAAAUUCUAGUAGUAUUCCACUUGGGGGACUUAGGAAUCAGGGCUUAGUUUCAUUUAAAAGUGAGAAGGCAGCUUCCCCCUCCCCGAUGCAGCCGCGGGUACCUAGGACCAUGUCUCGACACUUCUUGUCUGUCCAUGUAUGUUCCCUGACUGGCAUUUGGGGUGUGGGCUCCAGCUGGCCAUGGUUAGGGCAAAAAGUGGCUUAAAACGGCCUCUGUAACGUAGAGCCAAACUCCUCCCUUAUACCAGUAUGAACUUGCUGUUCAGGGUCAGCUCCGUUGGGUCAUUACAUGCUGCCUGGACCUCUUGUUUUUAGGUAUUACAGCCAGGCCCACUCGGCACAUAGCCCUUCCCACCAGACCAACAGCAGGAAAUCCACAGCUUAAAAAAGCACCUUAAUAAAUGUUGUGUCAGUUGUGUGUGUGUGUUCACUUUCAGAAAGCUGACAGGUGUGUGGUGGGGUCCUUUUCCAAUACCACUAUUUUCAGUACUAUUGUCCCCAACGGCUGCAUGUUUCAUCCAGGGUUAUAUUUGUUUACUGUCCAUUUGUAAAAGGCAUGUUUUCAUUAUUUUAUAAUUUGUUUUUUUUCAGUUGAGUGGGGUGGUGAAGACUGAAUGCUGAUUUUCUUUUUUGUUCACUUUAUUUAAUGAGGAUUUGUGCUUGAAUGAAGAGUGUAGCUUAAACCCAGGCUCUGGAAAGGCUGCAUCCGGAAGCGAACAAGCACAACAGAUUGUUCAUAUGUAAUUUACCAUGGGAACAAAGUUGCUUAUACACUGAUUAUUGUACAACGUGGUUUGUAGAAGCUUGGUCACAGAAUUUUCCUUCUGCAGGUGAAGAAUCUUCCUGCUGUAGGAAACCUUCAAACUGUAACUACUAUUUAACGCUUUUUCUUUUGUAAAUUUGAAUCAUUGUCAUGCAGACGACGAGACUUGAAAUCUUGAAUUUGGUUCACAGCAUUCACUGUACAUGGAGCACGACUGCUCUGUGUGUUGUCACGUGUGAAAUCAUGGUUGGUCGGUCAUGGUACGCCCUGCGAGGAGAGAGCGAGCGUUCACCUGCGCUAACAUCGCGAGGAGGGCUUGCCGUGGGAAUGUGAGACUAAAUGUCUGUAUGGUAAUGUGUCUGUACGGCUAUGCGUCUGGAAAAGGGUGUCUAAUCUGGGAGAGGUUUUCAGAGUUUAUUUAAUAAAGUAGCUUAUUCUAUAUAUUUUACUGACAUUGUACAGAAAAAAACUAAGUGUACAGAGGAAUUGGGCUGUGCUUGAAUUUUGACUCUUGCUAUUUAAUGAAAUAUAAUUAUGAGGGAGAUUUAAAUCACGGUUGCACGAGAACUACAGGGAACUUUGAAAUGGGACACAACAGUUAUAUAUGGAACGUGUUCAGAUAGGGAAAGUGUGCUAGCAGCGCUGAUACCAAGUGGAGGUUGGAUGAUUUCUCUCUAGUUAGGUGUUUGCAGGACCAGGGAAUAACUGAGCUGCUCCCUCAACUUUUCAGUUGAGUUCUGGGGUCCCAAGGCUGGAGCUUGUGUUGUCCUGUGUCUUCUCAUUAGCGCUGCUGGGCCUUAAGGACUGGGCCGGUGCUGAUGCUGUGAGAAGACAUCCGAUCUUAAAUCUCGGGAUGUCACUUUGUCUCCUUAAGGCACAGUUUGUUUGUUGUCCCACCUACCUGCAGGCUAGUGCUCUUUGGUAACAGGUAGGAAUAGACCCUGAAAACCUCCCUUUGUUUGUGGAAGUUAAACGUGUUAAACAGAACCUCCUCUCUAAAAUCCUGCAAGUGUUUGUCAUACUGCGAGACAAAGACAUCUCUUGAAAUCUGAAACCAUUUCCUAUCUACACAUGCUUCAUCUUUAGAGAGUUCUGGAUUUUUGGUGCCUUAAUUUAUUGCACCUUGAAGCUUAAAAAAAAAAAGAAAUCUACUUAAAAUCAGUGCUGGCAAACAGGCUUGCUUUUUCUCUAGUGCUGCCUAUCACAAGGCAGGCUUGUAGCACAGCGAGGUGAGAGCAGACCUGGAUCUCGGUGCACAUCCGACUCUGUUCCUGACACGUUCUGCUACGAAGCUGUUUGGGUUUCCGUUUGGGUUAUUUUUAAACUAAAUGACUGCUUCUCACAGGUUCUGGGGGAAUGGAAAUACUUGAACAGAAAGACCAAACUGAUUUUGCCAUGGUGGGGUGUGGCAUGCUGAGAAACAAACUAUUUAUUAAUAAUAAUGGUUUUGUUUUAAGUCUUAAGAAUAAAUUUAUUCCUUUCUCACUAAUACUAUCUGAGGGUAACUGUCUUAUGGCAGUAGUUACUUGCCUUGCUGGUUAGGCUCUGUUUUCAGGUCUCCUCUCUUUCUGUUAAUGGGCAGUCCUUUUGGCUUGAUGGUGCUCUCUUGGGAACGGACAGGAUCAUGUUCAGAUCUGGCAAUAUAUGCACUCACCCUUUUACUUUUCCUGUCCUGUAUGUGACAGCUGGUCUGUGUUGUCUCUUCUUCCAGGCAUAGUUUUAAUCAUGCUUCCUUAAUUACUGAAGGACUUGCUGAGCUGUUAGUGAAGCUGUUUUAUGCUUUCCUAAUUCUGUUUCAGCGCUGCACAUUUUAUCUCUAUCCAGAAUAUUGCCAGGAAAAUACUGGUUUGGGGGAAUGGUGUUGAGGGCUGCAGUCCUUCAGGACCCAGACCUUGGCUUAAGGGUGCCAGUGCAUGUUGUAUGGCUCCUGUGCCACUGAGUCCUGCCACCAGGUUGUCCAUCUCUUCUCCUUGGGUUCCAGGCAUGUCCUAGUACAGUGAAAAGAGGUGGCUGGAGCUGGCAGCCACUCCUGUUUCUUACAGCACUGUGGAUGAAGCAGGUUUUUCUUGGAAGCCUGGGACAUGUUAACCAGUAUCACUGCAGGAAUCCUGUAGCCAAGGUGGAGAGGCAGCCACACUUCCAGGCUGAGUAAAUCCAACAAUUUUUAACUCAUUUUUGUGGUUCAUAUCUGCAGCUCCUGCCUGUGAGCUGAUCCAGGAACCCAGCUCAGGAACUAAUAAAAGGGGCCGGAGAUGAAGGUGAAGCGUAGGUUUCGGGACCAGUUUGGGUUAAAGUGGCAGUCGCACUACCAGCAUCCUAUGAGUACAAAUACUGCAGUUGACCUCUGGGCUUAGAAGCAUAGGAAAAUCAAGCACUUAAGCAUUGGGGUUUUUUCAGUUGGUUCCUUUUCCACAAUGCAUCUGCACUGCAAUUAACUCCUCUUUUCUGUGCUCUGUCACUACAGGAUCUUGGUAACAGUCUCUCCUGGCUCUUAAAGGUCAGUAAUCUAGUAAAGGCAGCUUUACCAGAGCCACGGGCAUGAGCUUCUAAGGCUCUUGAAACAUAUAUUUAAGCUCCUUAAAUAGAGCUAGCCUGAUGUUACUUUUCAGGAGCACUGAGUACCUGUAGUUUCUAGUCUGAGAGCUGGUUUGAUCUGUGCCUCUGAACAACAGGUCAGUUCUAGCAAGGCCCCUCAAUUCUUAUCCUCAGAGAACGUUUGUACCUGCUUGUAAUAGAGCUGGAAAGUCUCCUCUAGAGAAUUGUUGCUCUUGAAACUAACUUGGAUAUUUGUUUUUUAUACUCUUUUAUCGAAGAGAAUAGUUGCCUUGCGCGCAAAUACAAGCAGUUAGCUGAAGCUCUGGUGUCUUAGCUUAUGGCAAAACUGUGCAUAGGGGUUUUGUAUCCAUCUCAAACUUGCAUUUAGGUCACUUAUCUGAAACAGUCUUGUUUCCAGUUGUCUCUUUUUUUUGCUUAGCUUGCAUUAGUUACCUGGGAAGUGGGAAUUCUUGUUGUGUGCUGAAGGAUCCCCUUCCUUACGCACCCCUAUCCCAAAAUCUUUUUAGUGCAGUGUCCGUCUUGCUUAGGUGCUGUGGGUCAGUAGGACUGAUGGAGCUUGGACAGAGCCUAAAGCUUGCUUGCGCUUUGCUUCUCUAACGCAGAUCUGCAACGCUGGCAUGGAGUUGCAGCUUUGAGUAUCUUGUUUGCCUUACCCACCUGUUCUACCUCACAGCACUUCAUCGGGAGCAAUGACUGGGGCGAUGCGGAGACUGCUCAGUCCUGGCCUGGGACAUGGCGAAGACGGACGCUCCACUAACCUUCUGCUUAUGGAAAAGGUCUCUGUUAGUCUAUAGAUGAUCCUUUGGCCCAACCAGGUGCGCUCAGCAUCACCUGGUGCUCUUUGCCCUAGGCAGCAGGGAAGGGAAGAGAAAAGCACUGCAGGAGCAGAGGAGCUGUGCCAGCCUCAAGCCUAGGAUAUCCCCAGGAAGAGGCUGUGCUGGUUACGUUCCAGCAAGCAGCUCACC